AAGCGCUUAGCUUAAAAAUUCUUUCGACCUUAAGACCGCUAGGUUUUCUUACCGAUGGUCAUGGCGUGUGCACCCUACCAAUAAUACCGGGUGUACGUAUACAAAACUACAAAUCAAUAACGAACCGAGAAUAAUUAAGACAUGAUUUAUAAAUUUUAGCCUAAAAUUUUUACAUCAAGAUGUAUAUGUGACAAAACUGGUUGAUAUGAUUCAUAUUCAUCUCUCUUUACAUGGUUAUAUCCUACUUAUAUAUGAAAUGAUGAAUUAUUUGUUAAGUUGGCGAGUAACACGUGGUACAUUUCAAAACAUUCGGGGCAGGAUUCAGUCCUUAUAGUACUUCAAGUAAUUCGCUUCAAUAUGCCUCCUGGCCUUUCUUCCUUUUACUGUGAAGUUGUUUGUUGAUGAAAAAUUCCUAAACGCUGUAACUAUGUUUGAAAUCAAUUAUUUCUUCGAGUUUUGCCUUUGCACUGAGUUCUUAGAACUCAUUUGUCUCACCAACCACUUAGCCUUUCACACUCUAGAUUUCAUCCCCGAUGUCGGCACCUAGCCUUCACACACUGUCACUAAAUGUUAAACAAAACUCAGUGGAUAGCAGUAUCCAUCUCUUAAUUGAAAACGGCGAAGUCGACAUCUCUGGUUAUCGACAUAUGGUAAUACCAGCAAAAAUAGUUCACAGCUUCGCAAAUGCAUUCUGUUUUUAAUCUUCUCCGGUCGUCAUAAUCGUAGGCAGUUGUACGGUGAAGCCGAAAUUCGCCCCAAAAUAUGGGUGUUCAUUCAUGUUCAUCUAUAUUUGAAUAUCUCAAAAAUGUCGGUGUCCACAUGCUUGACGAACUGUACACUCACCCUCCAACAUGUCUUGUUGUUUUCAGAGAACUACCCGAACUUGCAAAACAUUUCGUCAUGCGACUUUUAUUUAUUGAACAGCCGAUACCAAAAUCUAUUGUCUCUGGAUGGGUUGAAAAGGGUUCUAGUGCACUCCUAAACGAUGCAUGUAAAGCUUUGACUGAUUUGAGAAUAUGGCAUUCUACUGACAGUAAUGUUGCUCGAGGUUCUUGGUCUUUGAAUAAAAAGUACCAAGAGUCUAUCCGGAUAUCACUAUUUGGAGGUGGGAAACCUUUGCUUGGAGAUUUAGGCAUUGUGACAAAUGAUAAGUACUCAAAAAGCGUUGACUUUUUGAAAUCUUAUUCAGUGGAACGCUGGGAUGCUAUACUUCACUUUAUGGUAGGCUCUGAAUCAGCAGAAGUUGGGACUGUUGUGAAGGAUGUUCUUUUACUGUCUAAUUUAAUGAAAUGUGAAGGUAAUGAUUCUCCAAUCGGUAUCACAAAACAUGGGUUUCAUUUUCUGCUCAUGAGUCGACAGUGUCAAGUGUUAGUGUUCAUCUUACACUACUUCGAUUACUUAAAGGAGAAUGGUAAAAAUCUAGUUGGAGCCCUUCAGUUUGUUUUCCAACUUAGUUUCUUGUGUCCUACUAAGAGUUAUCCAGUGGAGGCAUUGAGUACUGCUCAACAAGAAGUGUUACAACAUAUGCGUGAACUUGGUUUAGCUUAUCAACGAAAGCGCACAGCUCCUCGUUUUUAUGUAACUCCCCUUGCGUUGGAUGUGGCUGGAGGUCAUACUACUUUCUUGGAAAGUAGAUCAGGUGGAUGGGGUUCACAAUUGGGAGUUAUUCCAACUGGUGUUUCGAAAUCAGAUUCUACCGAUAUCAAUAAAACGUUUUCACAAAUUGCCGUUUCGAAUUCUUCUGAUGUUGGUUAUAUUUUGCUAGAAACUAAUUUUCGACUUUACGCCUAUACAGAUUCACCGCUUCGUACUGCUCUUCUUAGCCUAUUUAGCAAAAUACGUGCACGUUUUCCUAAUCUUGUCGUUGCUGAUAUAACUCGUGAUUCAGUUCGUGAAGCUUUAAUUCGUGGAAUAACUGCAAAUCAGAUCCUGUCUUUCUUAACAGCCAAUGCACAUCCAGAUAUGUUACUUAAGAAUCCUAUAUUGCCGCCAACUUUAACCGAUCAAAUACGACUGUGGGAAUUAGAACGAGAUAGAUUUCUAUUUCAGGAAGGCUGUUUGUAUGAACAAUUCUCUCGGAAUACAGAUUUUGAAAUGGUUCGGGAUUAUGCUAAAAGUAUUGGUGUUUUACUCUGGGAAAAUCCUGAACGAAGACUGAUGGUCGUAUCUAAAUCAGGUCAUGAAGAUGUACGGAAAUUUUGGAAACACAAACGUCCAUCCUAA